UGGUCGGACAGAAGCCGGAAAAGCAUCCAAGGUCUCCUCUUGGACCUGAACAACACGAACGUUUACGCGAUUAAAUGGAAAUUGUAUUAAUUCAUAGUAAUUUAUAAGUACUUAUUAUUCAUACUUUGAUAAUUCAAGGAAAUGAAAACGUUCGAGUUGGUCACGUCGGAAUAUUCGUAGCACUCUGGACGUUUUAGUACGUCGAACCAAACCAGAAGGUUCACCCCAAAACAAUGUUCCCUUGUUUGGGUUUCACGAACUUUGACAGUUAAGACACGAGAAAAGUAAGAAAAGGAGUCAUGUUGAACUUGAAAGCACUGCAGAAGAACAAGACUGUUCGAUAUGGCGUGCCUAUGCUCCUGCUCGUGGUCGGCGGUUCCUUUGGCCUGCGAGAGUUCACACAGAUCCGCUACGAUGCCCAAAAAGUCAAGAGGAAGUUGGAUCCCUCACUGGAGGCCAAAGUGAACCUGCAGAAGCAGUCGGUCAUUUUGGAGCAAGAGUAUGAGAAAAUGAAGGAUGCCAGUUUGGACGAGUGGAGGAACAUUCGCGGCCCGCGACCCUGGGAGGACUCCCGGGAAUUCCAGGAGCAGCAGCGCAGGAAGAGGACACCAGAGAGCUAGGACACACCCCUUUAAGAUAUUCAGUGGCGCCUUGAGAUAAGAGUUUAAUUCGUUCCGGGAACACACAAAAAGAGCACUCUUAUCAUGUAUACAUUGUCUAUGCAGUAAUUAUAUUAAAUAGAAUUAUACAGUAUA